CAUGCCGAGGAGAGCGGCGGCGGCGGCGGGGCCAGCGGGGGAACCUGUUGAGGAGGGAGAGGAGGAGGAGGAGGAGGAGAAGGCGGCGCGGCUGCGGCAGCACUGCGCCCUGGGAGCCGGGAUUGCGGCAGCCGCCUCGCUCGGCAUCGGGACCUGCGCCGCCGCCGCCGCCCUGCGAGGGAGAGCCAGAGGGAGAGGCGCCAGGGGAGCCGGAGGAGGACCGAGAGGAGGCCUGGGCCUGGGCCUGGCUCUGCUCGCGCCCCACCCGCGCCCGCGCCCCCCGCAGCAACCCAAGGCCCCGUGGACCUCAUCCUUGCGCCUCCCCAUCCCCGGCUGGAGGAGGAGGCGCCCGGCACCUUCGCGCCAACGGCAGGAAGAGAAAGCCAUUUGGACCUUUGCCACAGCCGCAGGAGGAGGAGGAGGUGAAAGCUCGCUUGCUUGCCUUUUUUAAAACAUUUCCCCCCUUUGGUUUGAUUCCCCCCACCCCACUCCUUUGCAGAGAGGCAGGAGCAUGCUGCUCCCCUUGGCGCCUCUCCGCUGAUCCCGGUGGUGGCGGGGCGAUGAUGGAUACUUGCCUGCUUGCUCUCCCUUCCCACAAAAGUAAGCCCGCUGUCAAUGGAGGAGGACAUUGAUACCCGCAAGAUAAACAACAGUUUCCUGCGCGAUCACAGCUAUGCAACCGAAGCUGACAUUAUCUCUACAGUAGAAUUCAACCACACAGGAGAAUUACUAGCGACAGGGGACAAGGGGGGUCGCGUUGUAAUAUUUCAACGUGAGCAGGAGAGCAAAAAUCAGCCCCAUCGCAGGGGUGAAUAUAAUGUUUACAGCACAUUCCAGAGCCAUGAACCUGAGUUCGAUUACCUGAAGAGCUUAGAGAUAGAGGAGAAGAUCAAUAAAAUACGAUGGCUCCCCCAGCAGAACGCAGCCUACUUUCUUCUCUCCACCAAUGACAAAACUGUGAAACUAUGGAAGGUCAGUGAACGAGAUAAAAGACCAGAAGGCUACAAUCUCAAAGAUGAGGAUGGAAGGCUGCGAGACCCUUCAACAAUUACCACACUACGGGUACCUGUGCUAAGGCCCAUGGAUUUAAUGGUGGAGGCAACUCCCAGGAGAGUAUUCGCAAAUGCACACACAUAUCACAUCAACUCCAUAUCUGUGAAUAGUGACUAUGAGACCUACAUGUCAGCAGACGAUUUGAGGAUAAACUUAUGGAACUUUGAAAUAACCAAUCAAAGUUUUAAUAUUGUAGAUAUAAAACCAGCAAACAUGGAGGAGCUGACAGAAGUGAUAACCGCUGCAGAGUUUCAUCCGCACCAUUGCAACACCUUUGUCUACAGCAGCAGCAAGGGGACAAUAAGACUGUGUGACAUGCGAGCCUCCGCCCUAUGUGACCGGCACUCCAAAUUUUUUGAAGAGCCCGAAGACCCAAGUAACAGAUCAUUUUUUUCUGAGAUCAUCUCUUCAAUUUCUGAUGUUAAGUUCAGUCACAGUGGGAGAUUCAUCAUGACCAGGGACUAUCUCACUGUCAAGGUUUGGGACCUUAACAUGGAGAACAGACCUAUUGAGACAUACCAGGUUCAUGAUUACCUAAGAAGCAAGUUGUGUUCCCUCUAUGAGAACGACUGUAUUUUUGAUAAAUUUGAAUGUGUGUGGAAUGGGUCUGACAGUGUCAUCAUGACAGGAUCCUACAACAAUUUCUUCAGAAUGUUUGACCGCAACACCAAGCGUGAUGUGACCCUGGAGGCCUCAAGGGAGAACAGUAAACCCCGUGCCAUCCUGAAGCCCCGCAAAGUUUGUGUUGGAGGCAAGCGGAGAAAAGAUGAAAUUAGCGUGGACAGUCUGGACUUUAGCAAAAAGAUCCUGCAUACAGCCUGGCAUCCUUCAGAAAAUAUCAUAGCAGUGGCAGCAACGAAUAACCUGUAUAUAUUUCAAGACAAGGUUAACUAGGAGGAAAAAUGAUAUUCCUUAGGAAUCUUAUGUACUGAAUACUAGCAAACACAAGUUUUUAAAUGUUUCUUAUGUUUUCUUCUUUUCCCCCUCCUCAUUUGUUUCAUUAUUCCUCUGCAGGCAUUAAUUAUGUAGAUGUAAGCACUCAGAUUCCCAUGUCUAUUGCUUUCCCCCAAAUCUUAAGAAAUUGGGUCAGCAAAGCCUGUUUGGACUAUUUGAGUUCUGAGUACACCAUUAAUUCAAAAGUAAGCUUGAAUUACUUAUGCUUUCAAUUUUCUCCAGUACUUGCUAGUAGAUUUAGUUUCUUUAAGGACAGUGAUUUAGACCCUUGCAAUUUAAUAAUAAAGUUAAGUUUAUAAUAAUAUAUUUACAAAAAAAAAGGAAACCCGAUAAAGGCCAUGAAACAAGGAAGUAUUGCAUUAAACCAUCCUAAUUUUGAUUUUGGAAUUUUCCAGUUUUACAUCUGUCCCCAAAGAGGAAUUCACUUUCCUUUGUAAGUCCAUUUCUUGUAAAAAAAAUCAUUUUUAUUAACUCAGGGCCUUUCCAGAUGAUCAUUUAUUGUGCAUAACUUAUCAUACAGCAAGUGUUAGGGUACAGCUAAAUUACUGUGAGAGUAGAAAGAUCUCUCCCCCCAUUCUACUGUAUUUAUUGCAAAACCAUUAGGUUUUCAUCUAGGAAAAUGCAGUUCCCAUUCCUGCUCCCAUUCCGCUCCAGCUAGAGGACUAUGAAGUGCCAUGUGUACUGUAGCUUUACAAAUGUCAUGGACAUGUAUUAACUGGCAUCUAUGUACAUCAGUAUUGAUUUACGACACAUGCUUCCACCAUGACACCAAUAAUGUAUUUUUUUCCCAGAGAGGGGAAAAUUUGUCUUUUGGGACUACAGCUCCCAAAAUCAAUUGACAGUCAUAAUUCAAAAAUGAACUUUUCACAGCUCUGACCCCUCCCUCCCCCCUGAGAGUACAAUCUAACCACUUCUAAGCUGAAUUGAUGCCAAUGGACAGGCUAAAACACUUUUCUUCCAUCAAAAUUGGUAAGCAAGGUGAAUACUCUUCCUCUAUAGUAAUCAAGCCCAAAAUGUUUCUUUUCCAACUGGUAACCACUGUCAAAACAGGUAGCCAGCCCUUCCCGCUGCAUUCUAUAUGAAUAGCAGGGAUUGCACUUUGUGUAAUGUGCUCUUUAACUUUUGCUCCAUUCUGUCCCUAUUUGGCUCCAAUUAUAGAGCACAAUUUUCUUUAAAGAGGGGAAAUUCUUUUUCAGGUGUGUGAUCCACACACAAAAACUUGGCUAUUUUUCCAUUCCCCAAAUUUCCCCUGGCAGUCCUCUUGGCUGGUUCCCUUUCUUACUAAUGUUGGAUCCAAGUUGGGGUUUGUUUCGUCUGAAGAGGGAGAAGGUCCUUUUUUAUUGUCUGGAAAGGCCCUCACACAGGAAAAAAGAUAGACGGGGGUGGAGGGGGUUGUAGAAAGGACAGGUUUGCAAUGGCAAUAUUUAGAUUCAUCGUUUGUGAACAACCAUGUAUGCUAUCGAAGGCAGUUACUUUCUUUCAUCACACCCCACAAACAGCCUGGUAUGAACUGGGUUGUGUUCAUCCUGUGGUGCCUUUUGCUGGUAUACAAAAUGCCAUAGUAACAAUGCUUCCAAAAUGCGAUAACUUACAAACCAAAAUGAAUCUGAGCUUUCUUCUGCAAUUCCCGUUAUUUUAUCUUUGAUGUUGCUUUUGUGUUGGAUGGGAGAACUCAAAGUCGUUCUCUUUUAAUCUUUUGCAUGUCAUCAAUGUGUAUUUGUGGGGUUCUCCUUUUUCUCUUUCUUUUUUUAGUAAUGUGUUUUAAAAAUAUGAUUUAUUUAUUUAUUUAUUUGUUCCAAUAGAGGUCUCCUUAUUCCCUCCACACUUUCCUUUUGUGGGGAGGAAGAACUCUUAAGUUGCUAUUUUAUGGCAUUUAAAAAAGAACUAAACCAAACCAACAUGUAACAAUGCUAUUAUUGCCUGGCUGCUUUCUAAGAGAGGUUGACCAUGGUUCUGCAGUUUGAAGACUAGCUACCAAUAGCUCUUCGUCUUUGCAUGGUAAACUCUCCUGUUCUACUACAAGGAUAAUCCAGGUCCCAUCUUUAUUUGGUCAGCGUUUGGGGGGAGGGAGGGAAGGGGUCUUCAAACACAAAAGGAAAGAAAAUACAACCAGAGAACAGCUCCUACAAGAAAUAAACUCAAUGGUUUCUUUGACAAGAUGUAUCUUUGAAGAUAAGUGUGCUGUGCAUUUUCUCUGAUUGUGAAAACGUGGGGCGGUAGUUGCUCCAGUCUUUGUGAUUGUUGCCAUGAAGCAUAGAAGAAUUUCCAAACACACUUUCCAAUACAGGAGUUCUUGGAAGCCUUGCCUCAUGUUCCCUGGCCUACCAGGAAUGACACCUGAUAAACCAAACGGUGACUUCUUCUUUCUCAAGAGACAUCCGACUGCUGUGAGGCUGCACAGAGCCUGGGAAGGGGACAUUGAUUUCAUAGGAUGGAAACACAAGGAAAUUCAACUGUUUGGAACCCAGCUUUUUGAUUUUAUUAGACUAUCUAACACCCUGCCUGCUCAUCACAAGACUGCUCAGGUCAGGGGCAAAUUAGACAUUUUGCCUUGUUUAAAGGAAUGAUUGCAGGAAAAAUAAGGUAUGCUGGCUUAUAAAUUUAUUACAAGUAACGGCUUUCAGGAGUAACCUCGUUUUUUAAAAAAUGAAAUAUAAAAAAUAGGAAGUGUAAAUGAGUCAUUUUUCUUAAACAAAAGCCUACACUCUGGUAUCAGAAGUAAAAUUUGUCUCUUAGGUAGUCUGGUGGGGAGUUUGUGAAUCCAAAUGCUGAGGAACCCAACCUGAAACGAUUGGCACUAAGCUCAGCCUCUGGCCAAUUCAAAGGGCUUUGUUCAGACCAAGAACAACAUCUAGAUUAAGAGCCUCUUGUUUCACUUUUCUUCCUCACAUUUUUCCGUAUGAACUGAGGGGUAAAGGUAGUGAUCUGAAGAGGGAGAGAUUAGAGAGGUUUCUUGGCCUGCUAUCAAAAGCUAAUUUAGUCCAGUGCCACGCCAAGGUGUCUGGGAAGAUUCACAAGCAGGAUGUUGAAAAAUGGUAGCCAUUUCUUGUGACUUUGUCACUUCAUCUUUGUAUUUGGAGGUGUAUCUUGCCUCUGUAAUGGAAGGGUAGAGACUGUAAGAAUUGCGUAUUGUCAAGAUUUAGUAAAAGGCUCUGUUUGGAUAUAUGCAAUGAUGUACAAGAUGAGUUUGCCUCUUAACAUGUAUUUCUCCCGCUGCAUCAUAAACCACAUUUGGAAGUUGUGUAAGAAUGUGAAAAAUAAAUAGCCAAAUGAUGCAACAUGCUGUUGUCAGAAGAGCUGAACCCAAUGUUAGUUCCACUCAAAGCAGACCCAUUGAAGUCAAUGGGAUUUAAGUAAGGUCAAGCACUGAGUGGGUUUGUCCUAAGCAGUACUAACAUUGGAUUUAGCUAAGAAUAUUGAAUAUAAGUCCCACUGUGUGGAAAGAGCUUACCAGUCCUAUGUUUCACAUCAUGCACAGAAGUCCUUACUGGUCCUUGCUCCUGUGCGGUCAUUAACACUGUUCUGUCACAUACCUCUAGGAUCCAGAUUGCCUCCCAUCACCCUUGAGGUCCCUUGAGAGUACCCCACACAUAAGAACUCAGGGCCAAUGAAGACUCAAAAGAUAUAUGACUAUGGGCUGGGAAUAAAUUACAGUUGGAUGUGGUCACCAUGAUGUUAAGGAAUGAGAUACUCCUUCACAUACUUUUCUUCUUGUUAUUUCAUGGCAGUCCUCGGGCACUGUGCAAAAAAAAAAAAAAGAACUACUUUUCUUGUGCCAGCCAGGUGUAGAUCCUAACAUUUACAUGUAUGAAGAAAAUACUUGUUAAUUUCAGAUCAGCAUGUCCAUUUCAUUUGUGGUAGCUUAUAUGCCAAGUGGCUGUUCCUACAUGUGUGAAAGACUAGUUCCUCUCAGGGCCAACACUAUACUUCACAAAGUAUGGGAAUGUUUUUGAUCAACUCCAUUGCCAUUGCAUAGUUAACCCCUGUUCUCCCUUUAAUUACAUGUGGAGUUAUCCACUUUUACUGGAGGCAGCAGAAAUGGUCAAGAUGAGCCUUUGAAGAUGGUUCUCUAAUAAGUAAAAAUUCAGGGAAAUGGAAAGAAGGGAAGAAACCAUAAACUGGUCCGAGUAGUACUGUGUGGCCAAAAAAGAAAAAUCCAGGUCAGGCUUGGGGAUCAGGCUAAGAGAAUUGGGGUUUUUGUGUGUGUCAGGAGCGACCUGAGAAACUGCCAGAUAUUUCUGGUGUGAGAGACUUGGCCGUCUGCAAGGACGUUGCCCAGAGGAUGCCCUGAUUGAUAUUUUACCAUCAUCGUGGGGAGCCCCCAGAUGGCGAAGUGGACUAAGUGACUUGAAGGUUGGGUUGCUGACCUGAAAGCUUCCAGGUUCGAAUCCCACCCGGGGAGAGCGUGGAUGAGCUCCCUCUAUCAGCUCCAGCUCCAUGCGGGGACAUGAGAGAAGCCUCCCACAAGGAUGGUAAAACAUCAAAACAUCUGGGCGUCCCCUGGGCAACGUCCUUGCAGACAGCCAAUUCUCUCACUCCAGAAGCAACUCUGGUUGCUCCUGACACGAAAAAAAAAAAUCAUCGUGGGAGGUUUCUCUCAUGUCCCCACAUGGUGAGCUAGAGCUGACAGAGGGAGCUCACCCACUCUCCCCAGAUUUGAAUCUCCAACCUGUUGGUCAGCAGUUCUGCUGCACAAGGGUUUAACCCACUGUGUCACUGAGGGCUACUAAAAGAAUUGUAUAAGAAAAGACAUAAUCAACAAGCAAAUCAAUUGAUAUAGUGAAUCCCAUAUAACAAGUGACCCUAGACACCAUGUCUGUUAUUCCUAAAGCUGUAAUCCUAAUUUCUGGGCAGGAAACUUCUUACCUGACUGUUGGCUGACAGGCUAUUUCACGCUGCCAGAAGUGUUACCACUUUGCUAUUGCAAAUACUAUUAAGAUUGUUUCAGCCAGAUUUAUGACAAGGGUAGAAAGUUAUAUAAAGCAGACCACUCAGCUUUAGUUCACAACUGACACAAUUAUGGAUUAUCUUCUUUAAUGGAAAAGAUUCAGCUGUGACUUUGGUGGAGGUGCCUCUGAAGAUUGUUCAGGGUUUUUAUACAUUUUAUACAUUAUCACAGUUCUGUUCAUGGAUUAUCUGUUCAAAGAGGUUGGCUAGAAAGGCUUGGGAGGCACUAGAUUUUUCACUCUAUCUCUGGUGAUUUCACCCAUGUCUUUACUUAGGAAAGCACUAAGCUUCAUUGUCUUGGCACCAGAAAUUUUGAUUCAUUGCCAUGGGAGGGGAAGGUUCUCUGAAGCUCUUUGGCCAUGCUCCUUCAAUAAUCCAACAUUUGACAAAAGCAUUGCAAAGAGGAGUCUGCCUAAUUUCUUCAACACUUGCCUUACUUCAGAAGAGCCAGAGAGAUUUUCAAGAGGUGUAUUAAGGAGAGGUAGACACCUAUUACUCUUUCUGCUGUCUUAGAUAAUGUGUGCACGGUUAAGACGUGGCAUGAUUCAUUAUUGAAGGCAGCCUAGUAGAGUACCAUAAAGUGUGCCCAAGCCAUGUCAGCUCACAAUCAAUAUGGUGUUCACUGAUGCGAGAAGCAACAUUAUCACACCCUGGAUACUAACCCCAAAGCCCAGCCUGAGCACUAUAUAUCUCCAAUAACAAGACUAUGUGAAGUGACAAGGGCUAUUACUUUUAACCUGCAGUCUAAACCUCUCAGAGAAGCUGAGCUGCCAAAAUCUUCCAUUUGAGUUUAGCAGGGCAGCCUCCUCAGCCCCUUUGUAAUCCCACGGUAGACGUCAAAAUGCUUGCCUAACACUGCAAGAGUGGCAGUUCCAUUUAGGUGGGUUGCCAGGCAGCACAUCUGGUUAUGAGACAAGUGAAAUGUGGGGUUUAUUUUAUGGUGUUUGUAAUCAUCUAAAAGGCGGAACUUUGAUUUCAAUGUAUCAGGGAAAAUGUACUCUAAUAAAUCAAACCUUCUCCCA